CGCUAUUCUUAUAAAACAGGAAAGAUCACCUUGGGACGCCAAUCGUAUUCAUCUUUUUUAAAGUCGUUUUCGUUUUAUGGGCAUUGAGGAACUUUAUUCUUUAUUUAUUUUUCUUUCUUGAGAUGACUAUGGUGUUCGUCGGUAAACUUAUUCUCUUCUGCUGCCUGGCGGUGGCCGUUUUCGGACAAUCAGAAACGGUUCCUACAAUGCAGGCUCCUUCAACAGAGACUCCUUCAACAAAGACUCCUGCAACAGAGACUCCUUCAACAAAGACUCCUGCAACAGAGACUCCUUCAACAAAGACUCCUGCAACAGAGACUCCUUCAACAAAGACUCCUGCAACAGAGACUCCUUCAACAAAGACUCCUGCAACAGAGACUCCUGCAACAGAGACUCCUGCAACAGAGACUCCUUCAACAAAGACUCCUGCAACAGAGACUCCUUCAACAGAGACUCCUGCAACAGAGACUCCUUCAACAAAGACUCCUGCAACAGAGACUCCUUCAACAAAGACUCCUGCAACAGAGACUCCUUCAACAAAGACUCCUGCAACAGAGACUCCUUCAACAAAGACUCCUGCAACAGCAAAACCAGAUGCCUGUAGUUCAAACCCAUGUAAAGGUGAUAGCAGCUGUCGGCCGGGCUUUGACCACACCUUCACCUGUGUCUGUCGGGUCGGCCAAAUAUAUUUAGAGGAGAAGGGACUGUGUGAGGAAGCCAAGGUCUUCCCUGGAUCUCUGACCCUGGCCACGUUGAACUUUGAUGAAAACAUGAGAGACCCGGCGUCUAAAGAAUUCUUUGAAACAGCUUCAAAGAUCACUACUGCGAUGAAACAGGUUUUACAGAACAGAAAAGGCUAUUUAGAAUCCAUAGUGUUGACGCUUAGGCCAGUGAGCGAGGAUGAGGCUCGUACCAUGUGGAAACUUAAGAACACUGUUGUGAAAGCAAACCUGGAGAACAUAUUUAAGCCCACCACUGAUGAAACUGAAAACAAGAUCAACCAAGUGAUAAAAGAUGCUAUCCAAGAGUGUAAUUCCCCGGGUGGUGCUUGUUUAGAUCCUGACCUGACAGGUGCACAAUACCAAGAAUAUCCCCUGUGCGCUAAGAUUCCAAAUCAUUGUGAGGAGAAGUCAGCUUUGUGUGACUCUACAAGUGGUAUUGCUAUGUGUACCUGUCUGCCUGGUUACAUAAAAACAAUCUACUCUAACAGAUCAUGCAAAGCUUGUGAGAGCGGGAAGAAAGCAGUUGAUGCUCAGUGUGUUGAUUGCUCAUUUGGUUAUUCGGGAUUUAACUGUGAUGAAUCAUGGAAGUUAAUACUGGUGAUUGUUGGCACUAUUCUCAGUGCCCUGCUUCUCAUCACACUUAUCCUGCUGGCAUUUGGUGCAUGCAAAACAAAUAAGAAAAGCUCCUCCCAGAAGUCCUCCGGUCACGCCGAGGUUCCGGCCUACACCAGCCCUUACCCUUCCAAGGAUGUCAGGGCACUGGGCUCCACCAAUGGCGGGGCAGUCAAUGCCAGUUCAGGUGUUGCUGGCUUUCCCAAGAUCCCCCGUGCCAUGUCCAACAGCAACAGCUGGGACCGUGGCAGCAACCUGGAGAUGACUGAGAGCGGCAGCCGACAGGCUCUGGUACCCAGGGCAGGGAACGGAGGGAUGGGUGGUUACCAGAACCCUGACAAUACACGGAACAUCAACACCAGGAAUCCCUACCAGAGCGGGGGACAGAGCAACAAUCCCUACCAGAGCGGGGGACAGAGCAACAAUCCCUACCAGAGCGGGGGACUGAGCACCAGUCCCUACCAGAGCGGAGGACAGGACAACAACCCUUAUCUGAGUCGAAGCCAAGACAACAUGCAGUACCAGAGCAGAGGCCAGGAUAACCCAUACUUUACAAAUGACAAUGGAAGAAGAUACUAAAGACCCACUGUAACAGUUACUACCAAAAUGUAAAGGCUUGGAAGUCAGAAAGCAACAACCAUGGUUUUGAAUAGUUCAGCUGGUGAUUCCUCCCCAUGUUUGGUUUUAUGCAAUGUCUGUAUCCAGCUGUCUCCAAGUUUUUUUUUAAGUUGCAGUGUCCACGCUGUCCUUGUAUGCAAGCACCUAAAAUUAAAUACAUUAAUUGGAAUUAAUUUAAAUACAUUUUAUAUUGUACUGACCUACAAAGGCAAAAUCGGAAAUUAAUAUAUAUGAUUUAGUAUACAUAGAUAGAAAUGUCUUGCACUUCUUUCCAUUUUCAGAUCAAUUGGCUUAUAUCAGGAAAGAUAAUACCCAAUUCAUUGGAUAUAACAGGAUUAAAAAAAAAAUCAUGACCCUCUCCCACCUCAGAUAGGUGCCACAAUGUGGUUGUGAAUUAGAGGAUUCACCCCCUUAAGCAAUUUGGGUAAGUUGGUGGAAAGGCACUUUAUCAAUCCAAUUUAUCAUGACCCUUAUAAUGGUAGAUAAAGGCUGAACCUUAUUUCAUCUGAAACCUGACACAAAUCUUCAUUGCAAGAUGUCAUGACACAAAAACUCAUGUUUUUGUGUGAGAUUGGAUCUCUUGUCCAAUUUUCAUCUUCCUUAUAUGGUUUUGUCAUUCUAGGUGUUUUUUAUUUAUGAAUGUAUGUCUGAAUUACAUUUGAACAAGGGCUGGAACCCAGAUUUAGUGUUGCCAGAGGAAUUUGUAUGUGUGGUUCACACUUAUCUGUUUCACCACUCGCUCGUUUAUGAAUUUGCUAACAUUCAAUCAUGGUUUUGAAGUGACAUUUUGAUUAAGCAAAAAGGCAUGAUGGGGUGAAGUAUAUGGCCAAUUUCCCAUUCCUAGCUUUCAGCCAGUCGGCAUUCAGGGUUUGAACCAUCCGGUUUACAAUCAUGAGUAAUGCUUUGUAUUCCUAAUGUGGCAUCGUAAUACAUAUUGUAAUGUAAUUGUUGUCAAAUUUAAAUAAACAUGUCUAUUGUUUUG